UGUCAACAUCAGAAGGGAAUAGCAGUAACUGACACACGAUUUUCGCGUUAGAUAUAAGGAGAGGUGGAGAGCAAAAUGCAAUUCGCAUUUGCCACUCAUACGUAGCUUUCUCUCUCUCUCUCUCUCUCUCUUUUUUUUUUUUUACCUGGCUGUAUACGAUUCGCUCUCGUUUUUUUCAAUUUCCCUCCUCUUUUUGUAUCAAUGGCGGAGAAGAUGCUGUACUUUAAGUUGAACACCGGUUUCAGCAUUCCGGCGGUCGGUUUGGGAACGUGGCAGUCCGAUCCAGGCGUCGUCGGAAGAGCCGUUGAGACUGCUAUCAAGAUGGGCUACCGGCAUAUUGAUUGUGCUCAAAUUUAUAAAAAUGAGAAGGAGAUUGGUGAAGUCUUGAACAGGCUGUUUAAAGAUGGUGUUGUCAAGAGGCAAGAUCUAUUCAUUACAUCCAAACUCUGGAACACUAAUCAUGCACCUGAAGAUGUACCAGUGGCACUAGACAAGACUCUUGCAGACUUGCAGCUGGAAUACGUUGACCUGUACCUCAUCCAUUGGCCUGUCAGUAUGAAGCCUGGAUCGGUUGACUUUAAACCUGAAAAUCUUAUGCCAACCAACAUACCCAGCAUAUGGAAAGCAAUGGAAAAAGCUUAUGAUUCUGGGAAGGCUAGAGUUAUUGGUGUUAGCAAUUUCUCUACUAAGAAACUGGGAGAUCUUUUGCAAGUAGCACGUAUUCCUCCUGCUGUCAACCAGGUGGAGUGCCAUCCUUCAUGGCAACAAGCCAAAUUGCGGGAGUUCUGUAAAUCCAAGAACGUGCACCUCUCUGCAUAUUCGCCACUUGGUUCUCCAGGUACAACAUGGCUUAAAAGUGAUGUGCUAAAGCAGCCAGCUGUAAUCUCAGUUGCUGAGAAAUUGGGCAAGACUCCUGCUCAGGUUUGUCUUCGUUGGGGCAUUCAGAUGGGUCAGAGUGUACUUCCUAAGAGCACACAUGAAGCACGGAUUAAAGAGAAUCUUGAUGUACUGAACUGGUCUAUACCUGAUGACUUGCUUGCCAAGUUCUCUGAAAUUCCACAGGCAAGGCUGCUGAGAGGCACUUCAUUUGCUCAUGAGACGCAUGGCCAGUACAGAACACUUGAAGAGCUAUGGGAUGAUGAGAUCUAAGGUUACAGUACGAGUUAAAGAUAGGCAAAUAUUCAUCCAUUUGUCUCAUAGAUUUAAGCUUCUUGUGCACUUCCUUUUCCUAUGAGCUUUGGGAGAUUGGUGAACUGUCAAAUUCAUAGAUGGAGGUUUCUUUGGAUCCUCUGUCCCUCUAUUGAUUCUAUCCUGAAAAACCAUUCAAGAAUCUUGCAGAUUGUACGAGACAGUAUUCAAACAUUUGAUUUGCUGGGAUAAUAUUACCCCAAAACUAUCAACUUUUACGGCCA